CGACAAGUAUCAUGACCACAAGUGGCAAUGACAAGUCAUCCACCUCAGUGUCUGUUCAGAUGUCCAUGUCGAUAGCCCAGAGAUCUCACAGAAAUAUCAAACUCGGUUGACCGGUUGUCAUUUAAUGGACUUGGUGAUACUUGAUUGUUCUCCAAGAUGGGUUCGUUAAACAUACAGCACAAUGGCUACGAUGCCGACGUGGAAAAGAUAAGAGAAGAAGAGUAUCCUAUGCUGAAGGACUCCAUCUACCUCGACCAUGCCGGCACCACCCCCUAUCCCAAGUCCCUCAUGGACCGUUUCGCCCAAGAGAUGACCACCAACCUCUUUGGCAACCCCCACUCCGCCUCAGCUUCCUCCCAACUGUCAACCCAGCGCAUCCAAGACAUCCGUCUCCGAGCCCUGCAGUUCUUCAACGCCGACCCAGCCGACUUUGACCUCGUCUUUGUCGCCAACGCCACAGCCGGGAUCAAGCUGGUUGUCGAAGCCAUGAGAUGUCUGCCCACGGGCUUUGACUAUGUCUACCAUCAAUCCAGCCAUACCAGCUUGGUAGGAGUUCGGGAAGAGGCUAGAAGUAGUGUUUGUCUGGACACUCGGCAGGUGGAAGACUGGUUAUCUGGGAGCUGUCCCUUUGACGACAACGAAGACGAAGAACGACCGAUACUCUUCGCCUACCCAGCCCAAUCCAACAUGGACGGCCGUCGCUUUCCCCUUUCUUGGUCUUCCCAGAUCUGUCGGCAGAGUUUAUCGCCAACCAACAAACGAAAGACCUACACCCUCCUAGACGCCGCCGCUCUCGUUUCAUCUUCCCCCUUGGACUUGUCCAACGCCGAAACAGCACCCGAUUUUGUCGUCCUCUCUUUUUACAAAAUCUUUGGGUUUCCCGAUCUCGGCGCCUUGAUAGUCCGGAAGGAGGUCCAGGAUGUGUUUUUGUCCAGACGGUAUUUUGGCGGUGGCACGGUGGAUAUGGUUGUUUGUCUGAAGGAGCAAUGGCAUGCCCCCAAAGAUGGAUUUCUCCAUGAAAGAUUGGAGGAUGGGACGUUACCAAUACACAGUAUCAUCGCGUUGGACGUCGCUAUGGAUGUUCAUGCCAAGCUAUUUGGGUCGAUGGAGAGGGUGGCGGGCCAUACGGGAUUUUUGGCUAGGCGGCUAUAUCAAGGGCUGAAGGGGCUGAGGCAUGCGAAUGAUGAACUGGUUUGUGCCAUUUACUCCCCUGAUCCUGAGACGGAAGAGAGCGGACCACUGGUGGCGUUCAACAUCCGAAACGCACAAGGGAUAUGGAUCAGUCUCGCCGAAGUGGAAAAAUUGGCGACGCUAAAGGGCAUACAUAUCAGGACCGGAGGGGUGUGUAAUCCCGGAGGCAUCGCUAGCGCUUUGGGACUUGAGCCAUGGGAGAUGAAACAGAACUUUUCUUCCGGGUUUCGAUGCGGAACGGAUAAUGAUACCAUGGGUGGAAAACCAACUGGAAUCAUCAGAGUGAGCCUAGGGGCCAUGAGCACGAUAGCGGACGUGGAUCGAUUUGUCCAGUUUGUGAAGGAAUUCUACUGCGAGGAUACACCACCGAUCUUACCUCCGCCAGAGACGAAACUCGAUCCAUCACUACGAAACACACCAGAACUCUUCAUCAAAAGUAUAGUCGUCUACCCCAUCAAAAGCUGCGCCGGCUUCCACGUUCCCCCGGGCAUCGACUGGGAAGUCCGUCCCGAAGGUUUAGUCUGGGACCGCGAAUGGUGUCUAGUCCACCGCGGAUCAGGCCAAGCACUCAGCCAAAAACGAUACCCCCGCAUGGCACUUUUACGACCAAAUCUGGAUUUCACUAAGGGUGAGCUCCAAGUUACUUUUGCCGGCGACAUCUCUUCGUCACCAGGUUUACCCUCCUCGAUAUCGGUCCCCCUGUCCAAAAACCCAAAGAUGUACGCCCCCAAGAAAUCAGGCAUGUCCUCCCGCGUCUGCGGCGAGGAAAUCACACCCCAAACAUACGCUUCAGCACAAAUCAACGACUUCUUCUCGACUGUCCUCGGGGUACCGUGCGUGCUGGCCAGGUUCCCGCCGGGUGGGCAGGGGAAGGGGAUGACGAGGCAUGCCAAGGCGCAUUUACAGAGACAUCAGCAUCAACAACCACAUCCUGCAGUAUCCGUAUCAACAAGGUUGACAAAACCAGCAAUGAUGCCGGGCGCUUUCCCUUCGCCUAAAGCAGUAGAAACGCCCCCGUCGCCACCGGAUUCGGAUACCGAAAGGUCAGCGACUCCAACUCAAGAGGCUCAGGGUCCAAAACCACGAAGGAUACUGCUAUCGAAUGAAAGUCCGAUUUUGGCGAUUACGAGUACCAGCGUCGAUGCCUUGAACCAGUCCAUCGCUUUACUUAACCCAUCGGUAUCGCAACCGAUUUCGGAAGCGGUGUUUAGAGCUAAUCUUGUUUUGUCCCCUUCACCUUCAACCCCUUCCGCUUCACCUUCCAACCCUUUAACCCCUUCGCCUUCCCCUUCCACCACUUCAAAACCAACACCAAAACCAAAACAAAAACCGAAACAAAAACUAAACCCCUACGAAGAAGAUACCUGGUCUUCCCUUACCAUUUUUAACUCUUCUUCUUUUUCUUCUUCUUCGUCUUCUUGUUCUACCCCGUCUUCCUCAGGCUUUCAAACAACAACAAAAUUCCAAAUGCUAGGCUCCUGCCGACGCUGCCACAUGGUCUGCAUAGACCAAACCACGGGAUCGAAAACCGCAGGAGGCGAGCCCUUUGUGACACUAAGUAAGACGAGGAGGUUUGAGGGGAAGGUGUUUUUUGGUGUGCAUAUGGGGUUGCAGGCGGAGGAUGAGGAGGAUGGGCAUGCUGAAGAUAUAGAAAAGGAGGGGACGGGGAUGGGGAUGGGGACGGGGACGGGCACGGGGACGGGGACGAGAAGCAUGGGAGGAAACGGAAGUGUGGUGAAGGUUAGGGUGGGGGAUGUGGUGAGGCCUUCUUAUUUGUGAUACCU